CGCUCAUCAAAUUUAUUGAAAAAGGCAAAAACUUUAACUUGCGAGAACUUCAGUUAUGUUAAGUUUUACAAGUUAAAGAAAAGACAAAAGGGUAGCCUUUGCGAACCGUUACGAAUUGUCCUCUUCGUACAGGUGAAUUGUCAAGUACAAGCGAAUGUCGAUGUCCUAUAAUGUUUUCAGGACCAAGUGAUUUUGAUACUGAUGAAAUGGGUUAUGCAAUGAGUAGACUCGAGAUUGAAUCCGAUCUAUGCGAUGCUGGAAAAGGCUACUGUGGUGUUGGUAGUAGCAGCAGUGGUAGUAGUAACAGAUCAAGUGAGUGUUUGGCUGAUUUAGACCAUGAGAUCAGCCAUGUUACUAAGUUGAAGUCUUGUCCUCAUGAGCGGUUUAGCCGUCAAGUCCCUGGGAGACAUCAGUUGCCUGUUUCCACUGUGAGGAUGUUGGCUGGUCGUGAGAGUAACUUCUCUGGAAGAGGGAAGUUUUCUUCAGCUGAUCGUUGCCAUAUCUUGAGUAGAUAUUUGCCUGUUAAGGGUCCUUGGCUUGUUGAUCAGAUGGACAGUCGAGCUUAUGUUUCUCAGUUUUCAACUGAUGGAUCUCUCUUUAUUGCUGGCUUUCAAGGAAGUCAAAUUCGGGUUUUUAAUGUAGAGAAAGGUUGGAAAGUCCAAAAAGAUAUCCUUACAAAAACCUUGCGUUGGACUGUUACAGAUACUUCUCUGUCCCCUGAUCAGCGAAACCUGGUUUAUGCAAGCAUGUCACCUAUUGUUCACAUCGUCGAUGUUGGGUCUGGUGCAAGCGAGUCUCAUGCAAAUGUUACGGAGAUCCAUGAUGGAUUAGACUUCUCAACUGAUGAAGAUGGAGGCUACUCUUUUGGGAUAUUCUCUGUGAAAUUUUCAACCGAUGGACGAGAGCUUGUUGCUGGUAGCAGUGAUGAUUCCAUUUAUGUUUAUGAUCUUGAAGCUAAUCGAGUUUCACUCCGGACUGUUGCACACACGUCUGAUGUGAAUACUGUGUGUUUCGCCGAUGAAAGUGGACACCUCAUUUUAUCUGGAGGUGAUGAUAAUCUCUGCAAGGUGUGGGAUAGGCGUUGUUUCAUUGGGAGAGAUAAGCCAGCUGGUGUUCUAGUGGGACACCUCGAGGGUGUUACAUUUAUCGAUAGCCGUGGAGAUGGUCGCUAUUUCAUUUCAAAUGGUAAAGACCAAACCAUCAAACUAUGGGAUAUCAGAAAAAUGUCAUCCACCGUACCUGCAAGGCAUGAGUUCCACAGAAACUAUGAAUGGGAUUACAGAUGGAUGGAUUACCCUUCGGAGUCCAGAGAUCUAAAGCAUCCUUAUGAUCAGUCAGUGUCCACAUAUAAAGGUCACUCAGUGUUGCGCACCCUUAUCCGUUGCUACUUCUCUCCAGUACAUAGUACUGGCCAAAAGUACAUCUACACAGGAUCCAGCGACAGUUCUGUCUACAUAUAUGACUUGGAAAGUGGAGAUAAAGUGGCAGUGUUAAAGCAUCAUAACUCACCUGUGAGAGACUGUAAUUGGCAUCCGCAUUAUCCUACGCUUAUAAGCUCUUCGUGGGACGGAGAUCUUGUGAAAUGGGAGUUUCCGGGGAGUGGUGAGCCGCCAAUCAUGAGCAAGAAGAGGGUUCGAAGGAGACAUUUCUAA